UCGUAUCGCAUCCGUGCUCAGCUGUCCGCGUUUCGCUUUAUGUUUGUGCUUUCGAUGUCGGCGUAGCUUUGAGGUUUUGCGCUGUCAUUAUUAUCGUCUAAACAAUAAAGCGAAUACAUCAUGGUGCUCAGCGAUCUCGGCCAGUUACUUAAUGAGCUGGAGAAAGCCGAAUUAGAGGCUCCAACUGGAGUUGCGUGUGCACAAACCUAUGCACAAUUGUUGGCGGCGUAUCUCUACCAGAAUGAUCUAUGCAACGCGAAAUACCUCUGGAAGCGAAUUCCCUCGAACGUGAAGGCCGCGAACGAAGAACUCGGACGGAUAUGGCUGGUAGGACAGCGCAUGUGGCAACGCGAUUGGGCAGCGGUACACGUGGCUCUCAAUGCGGAAUGGAGUGAGGACGUCACGGACAUUAUGACAGCUCUUAAAGACAAGGUUCGAGAACGGAUAAUGAAGCUGAUAUCGAAGGCAUACUCCUCGCUGGAUUUGACGGUCUUGGCAUCGAUGACCGGGCUCUCGUUGGACGAGGCGCGACGGACCGCGAUUGACAGGGGUUGGAGCAUCGAUGGCGUUAUGGUGCAGCCGCGCAAGCCUGACGAGGAUGAGUGCAAUCUGUCGAAUGAGGUCUGCCUGACUGAGGACCAGCUGCAGAAGCUCACACAAUUCGUGUCCUUCCUAGAGAAUUGAGGACUCCCCCACAACCGGUCUUGACGGGUAAAAACACGUGUCGAAAAAUCUCACCGUCGUCUUUAACUUGAACUGAUCGCCGAUUGUACAUACGCGCCGCAAGUAACUCUAUUAUAUAAAGGAGGAAGUGCGCGCUAAAAGUAGCAUCAUCCGCACCCCAGUCGUAAAAUAAGUAUAUCCGACGAGAGAGAGAGAGAGAGAGAGAGAGAGAGAGAGUGUGUGUGUGUGUGUGUGUGUGUGUGUGUGUGUGUAUGUGAAAGAGAGAGAGUGAGAGAGUGAGAAACUGCCAAGGGCAGGAGAGAGAGGUAGAUAGAUAGAGAAAGCUGCCCACGCGAUUUGUCCGUUCGAUCGGAAUGAUAAUUCAAUGAAGCUUCUCGCAAGCGUGGAGUCAACAACUAUAUUAAUCGAUAAUCAGCUGUGCGUGUGAACGGGCGGACUGGCAUUUGCAGAACGGGAUCCGCCGUGAGGAACUCUUCCUUUCCUUCCUCGCCCUAACCCCUAUGCGCCAUCUCGUUCUCCUACCCGAUGUGGAUUCCCUGAAAAUACUCGCCGUCGGCAACCGUUCGCAUCGUUGUAAUUAUCAAAGUGGAUCGCCGCAGUUAGAAUCGCGCAGGUAGUCGUUAACGUUCUAUAGUGCGACGACGUGCCUCUCUCCGGCAUGGACACGUGCGCGGCGCGCUAACAAUCUCACGCGUGAUUCGUAUGCUUAAGCUAAUCGACGAAAUACAGGAAGGAAGGAAAAGAAGAAGAAACUGUUCGUUUAAAGCGGGGCGUACUUCGCUCGAUUUUGAUAAAGUGUGUUAUAAUAACUGCAA